AUGGCCAAACGCAAGAGACAAGUCGUCGCGCAGAGCGAGCCCGCUGCUGAGGCGUCGAUCAAGAAGAAGGUCAAGGGUGCUAAGGUACUUAAGGAAAAGCCUGUGAAGGAAAAGACUCCAGCGCCAAUCAAGAAGACCACCACUGCUACUGCUACGACCGCCUCGAAUGCGCCCGAGACUAUCCAGAUCGUUGUCGGUUCCUACGACCGAAUCCUCCACGGAUUGACAGUGACGGUUGGAGGCAAGGAGAAGGCCGACUUUGCCGACACAUUCCUCUUCAAUGCCCAUACCUCAGCAAUUCGCUGUGUCGCUGCGUCACCCAUUUCAGAACCCGUCCCUGGACAGACACGGAAGGUCAUGCUCGCCUCUGGCAGCACCGACGAGCGCAUCAAUGUUUACAGCCUGUCGGCGCAUCCCCCAAGCCGAAAGAACCAGGAUCUCAUGGCUAAGGUGGCGCCCCGACCGAUCCUCGAGAACCCCAAGAACCGAGAGGUUGGCGCGCUUCUUCAUCACUCUUCGACUGUGACAUCGCUUGCUUUCCCUACACGAUCAAAGCUGCUCUCGUCGAGCGAGGAUUCUACGAUUGCGGUUACACGAACACGAGACUGGUCUUUGCUCAGCAACAUCAAGGCCCCCAUUGCUCAACCUUUAGGCCGCCCCAGCGGUGACACAGCGCCUUUUGGAGGUACACCAUCUGGUGUUAACGACUUUGCCAUCCACCCCAGCAUGAAGCUCAUGAUUACCGUCAGCAAAGGCGAGCGAUCAAUGCGAUUGUGGAAUUUGGUUACUGGAAAAAAGGCUGGAGUAUUGAACUUUAGUAAGGAUAUGCUGCAGCAGGCUGGUGAGGGAAAGCACUCUACUGGUGAGGGUCGACGGGUAGUUUGGGGCAACGUUGAUGGAGCGGAUGAGUUUACGGUAGGGUUUGAUCGGGAUAUUGUGGCAUUUGGCAUGGACAGUGUGCCCAAGUGCAGGGUGAUGGGAACAAUUCGAACCAAGGUGCACCAGUUCUUUUACGUUCUCCUCGACAAGGAGGGGGAUGCAACUGUGCUGGCGGUUGCUACAGAAGACGGCCGCAUUCUUUUCUUCUCGACCAAGGAGUCGGACAUCUCAAAACCGGAGGCGGAGGACAAAAAUCUCCCGACAGCCAAGCUUCUGGGUCAGAUCGGCGGCAAGGCAGACGGGGUAGAGGGCCGAAUCAAGGACUUUGUGGUGGUACCGAGUGCGGAGGACGCCUCAACGCUGUAUGUGGCUGGCGGGAGCAGCGACGGACGGAUCCGCGUAUGGCGGGUGGGAACCUCGGAGCUGCAGGGCAACGGAAAGACUGAGGAUGCCAAGGGCGAAUUGUUGGGGACGUAUGAGACGCAAAACAGAAUCACAUGCAUGACGGCGUUUAUGAUGAUACCCCGGCCAGAGGGAGUUGAGGACAGCGAGGAUGAGCUCGAUGAGGAGGAAGAGGAGAGUGAUAGCGGCGACGAGUAA